CUGGAUUACCUGCCCCUUUGUAUACAAAGAGUCAGGCACAGACGAAGUAAUGGCGGACGCGAUGGAAAUUGUUAUAAACAGCCAGUCAAUUACAGAUGCAUUGCAGAAAUAUUGUUCAGAAUUCCAAACUAAUAUAUCAGAGCUCAAACCACUACAGUUUAAAGCAGUACAAACAUUAUUAUCAAAAAAAGACUGCAUCUGUGCUCUACCCACUGGUUAUGGCAAAUCAUUAAUUUACGAAAUUUUACCUUUUAUUGUUCCAAAAUGUAUUGUGAUUGUUAUUGUGCCUUUAAAUGCCAUAAUAGAACAGCAAAUACUGAAACUCUAUGGACAAUCUUUUUCUAUGUCUAUGAGUAUAGACACUGUUGACUUAUCAAUUACCAAAUAUUUUUUCUUUCAUCCAGAGACUGUUUUAAACUCUCUUGAAGUGAACAAACUAUUUCGCUCUGUUAAAUUUCAAGAUUAUAACAAGUUUCUUGUAAUCGACGAGGCUCAUUGUGUUAUUGAAUGGGGCGGAGAAUUUAGGAAGGACUUUAAAAGAAUAUACCAACUGAAGUCUCUUGUAAGUUGCCCAAUUCUUGCUUUGUCAGCAACAAUAACAAAAGCAGGUCAAACUGAAAUUGCAAAAUGUCUGCAUUUGACUAACUAUGAAGUUGUAAGUGCUAGCCCUGCAAAAGACAACAUUAAGAUGGUCGUUAUGAAUCGUCCUAGUCCAAACUCCAAAGGGAAUACCUCAUUUACACCAUAUGACUAUAUAUUUGUACCGGUUUUGCAACAACUGAAGAGUGAGAUUGAUAAUUUUGAAAUAACUAUUGUAUAUUGUAAGACAAUUAAUUGGAUUGGUUAUGGAUAUGAACUUGCAAAGCAAAUACUUGGUGAUGAAUUCUACUCAGGAAAACCAUCGGAGAAAACUGCAAGAGUCAUGAUGUACCAUUCAUCUAUGGAAGGCUCUGAUGGGAAGUUGAAGAAACAUAUUGUUGAGACGUUACAGACUGAAAGGUCUACGAUCCGACUGAUAAUUGCAUCUGUGGCUCUAGGCAUGGGUGCAGAUUUGAGGCAUGUUAAGAGGGUGAUUCAUGCUGGACCUCCUACUUCCUUAGAAACUUAUAUACAAGAGAUCGGCAGAGCUGGAAGAAGCCAUGAUGAUGCCCUGGCCAUUCUCUUCUUUAACAAAUCAGACAUUGCAUCUGAACAUAUGACCAGAGAAAUGAAGGACUAUUGUGUAAACUCAACUAUCUGCCGAAGAAGUUUAGUUAACCAGUAUUUUGGUUUUGAAACUCAGGAUGUCAAACAGUUUUCAAUUUGUUGUGAUUUGUGCAAUAAUGAACUGGGGAUAGAAUAUGAUUUUAGUAAACUGUCAGCUAACUAAAAGCAUACAUAGCUUAGUUUUCUUAAACUUCACCAUGACUCGUAAGCACAAAGCUUUUUUAAUUUUUAUUACAAUUACUGUUGCUGGUCACACCAUCCCCUUAAAAUAGGGUUGGUUAGUUGGCAACAGUUUUUAUUUUUAUUUUUGGAUGAUAAAAUUGUAUUUUAUGAUUGUACUGCUUAACGAACGAAUAUUUUGUAGAAUCAUUUGAUAUCUUAUCCUCUCACCUGAUUUAUUUAAUGCCAUUUUGAAAUCUGGUGUUUUUCCUAACUGUUGGAUGGAAGGUAAGGUUUUUCCUCUCCACAAAAAAAAUAAUGUAAUUAAUUACUGAGGGAUAGUUUUGAAUAGCUCACUAAACUUCUUCGGCAGAUAGUUGAGUUUUCCAAAAUAUGUACGGGCAUAUUUUUAGGCAACAAGUAGUAGAUGUUUUUAAACAAUCUUGGUCCAAUAGUGUAUCUGCAAGUCAUUCUUAACAUUCAUAUUGCAAUUUUUAACAACAUAUAAGGUUAUAAUCUUAUUUAGACUUUGUUACAAAAAAGUAUAGUAUUUGUAUCAAAUUUAAACCAUGUUUUUUAUUUGUUUCAUAUUGCAAAGUAUUAUUUGUUUAACAUGUAGCGUGACAUUUUAUUUUUUUAAACUAUACAUCAUAAGAUUGUUAUUUUUUUAUUGAUUUCAUUGCUAACACAUAGUUAAAUCUUGUAAUUUAUGCAUAAUGUGUCUUUGCUUUUUUGUUUAAAUAGCAGCGAGUAUAGUAUAUUUGUUUUAACUUUUUCAUUGUUAAAGCAUAAGCUUAAAUCUUGUAAAUGAAUUUUUUAAAGUAAUUUACCGGUUCUAUAUGAAUAGGACCUUCUUGAAACAUUUAAGUACAUUUAUUAUUUUAUAUACACAUUUGAUUGUAACGAUAUACCAUGUAGUAUAAGUUACCUAAUAAAGGUCUGUUCUGUUCUUAAUUGUGCUUCUAUGCUUAU